ACACUGUUACUCUACUCAACCGUAAAAUAAUCAGUGACCGUGAAAGAUAUAAACAAAAAUCAUCAUAGAGAAGCCAAUUUUUCUGUUGGUUUCAACAAUUUACAAACAUCCCCAAAUUUUAUCUGGGCAUCUCUUCCCCUUCCCCGCCAUGUGUGAUUGCAUCACCCCUGCUCCUCUGUCUCUCUCUACGAUCCAACUUCAAAAACCAGACUUAACCACAUCAAAACGAUGUCGUACCAUCACCCUUCUUUCAAGUGCAAGAAAUGACAGGUUAAAGUUGAUAGUAACCACAAGAGCCAGAAGGAAUUCCCGCGAGUUUUACAGUGAAUUAGGGUUUAAAGACAAAGAAGAUGAGAAUUUGAAAUUUGAAUCAAGAAUUCAAAGUGACAAAGAAAUUGAUUCCACUGAUUUGGAUAUUCUUGGAGUCAAUGAAAAAGUAGAAGAGGAAGAUUUGGUUUGUGUUGGGGAAAGGAAAGAAAUUGAGGAACGUGGAGAGGUAAAUGGGAGAAUGAGACUGAGAAGAGGUAAACAAAUGAUAAGGAGAUCAAAUUUGUUGGCAAAACAAGUUAUCAGUAUUCAGUCUGCUGUUAGUUUGGGUUUUGUUUCACAGAUUUGGGUAGAUACUGCUUCUUGGAUGGUAUUGGUUGUAGAUGUGAGGCCAAGUUUGCUUUCCGGAGAAUCUGAAAGGUUGCUUCUUGAGGAUGUCACACGGGUUGGUGAUGUUUUACUAGUUGAGGAUGAGACUGUGCUUGAGAAUGAAGUAAAAAUGAUUGGCCUUGAAACGUUGGUAGGAUACAGUGUCGUGACACCAGGUCGGCGAUACAUUGGGAAGGUUCGGGGAUACUCUUUCAAUGUUAAUUCAGGGGCUGUGGAAUUGCUCGAGCUUGAUUCAUUUGGGAUUUCCAUCAUUCCAUCUAGCUUGGUGAGCACCUAUGCUUUACCAAUUGAGGAUGUCCUUGAUGUUUUACCAGACACCGUGAUUGUGCAUGAAGCUGCAGCAUCACGAAUACAUAGGUUAACAAAGGGUUUCUGGGGUGCACAGAAUGUGGGGACAGGUGAAAUUGAAGAAUAUUCUGAAAGUGAAGAUACUGUUAGAUCUGAACGUAAUCGGAGUACGAGGAGAAGUUCUCGCUCUCCGAGAGCUCAUCCCAAAAUGCAAGAAUCUGAUAUUGAUUGGGAGCUUCCAAUGGAUUACUUAUGAUAUUAUGGAUUCUGAUCUAAGAUUAAAUGGUCGAGUAGGAACUACUCUCUCCGUGCCAUCCGUGAGAAUUUUUUAAGUAGAUUCAGUCCAUCACGUCAUCCAAAACUGAGCCAAUUAUUUUAAAACAUAUUACCAAAAUGACGGUAUUAAUGCAAUUUUAUCUGCCAAAAAUUUUACACAUUUAAUGAUGUGUUUUAAAGAGAUGGUUCGGUCUAUGGAUGGUAUGGUGGACUAAAAAAAUUUCGUGAGCACAUUAUUUAAGAUAGUCCAUUAAAUAUA